AAAAAAGGAAGCAUCUUUGAAACACAUGAUCAGGACCAUUGAAAAAGACAAGUCCAAGAUCAUCAACACAAUUGAAAAAUUGAACGGAUAUAAGCGUGAUACUUUGAAUAGUACAUACGCCAAGGUUUCUGUGGAUUUUGGUAACAUUUUUUCAGACUUACUUCCCGGUUCAUUUGCGAAAUUGGUUCCUUUGAAUGCUGAAGACGUUACCAAAGGCCUUGAGGUUAAAGUUAAGUUAGGUCAAGUGUGGAAAGAGAGUUUGGUAGAAUUAUCUGGAGGACAACGGUCAUUGAUUGCAUUAUCAUUGAUUAUGGCUCUUUUGCAAUUCAAGCCGGCCCCAAUGUACAUAUUGGAUGAGGUGGAUGCUGCAUUGGAUUUAUCACACACUCAAAAUAUUGGACAUUUGAUCAAGACCAGGUUCAAAGGGUCUCAAUUUAUUGUUGUUUCCUUGAAAGAAGGAAUGUUUACAAAUGCCAACAGAGUUUUUAGAACAAGAUUCCAAGAUGGUACUUCUGUCGUCUCUGUUUUGUAGUAUACAGUGUAAUAUAUAAUUAAAUACUU